AUUCAAGUGAUUCAUUAAUAUAAUAACAACCUUAAUCCUCCAUAUACAGUUUGAACCCAAAGUAUACAACAACAACAACAACAACAACAACAACAAUAAUCUGUUGUUCAACAUUUUUUACACAUGAAAUUUACUUUAAAGAUUUUGAGUCAUAAUCUUUGUUAUUGAUAAUCAAUAACACAAUCAGAGUGUGGACGGCUGUGCAGUCGUCAGGACCGUUGGUCUUAUUUUGAUAAAAGUCACGUGACUUCAGGAGCAGUUUUCAGCUGUUGGACUAAAAUUAACCCUUCAGGUCAUUGGCUGGCUGACGGACACACACACCCUUCUAUGGUAUCAGUGUGUGUGUGUGUGUGUGUGUGUGUGUGUGUGUUUGUGUGUGUGUUCAUUCAGAGCAGUGAUCAGAGGAAGAAACAACCAGACCGACCAGACAGCAGAUUGGCUUCAUGUCGGUCUCUCAGAUCACUCCCAGCCUGUUCCUGAGCGGGGCCGAUGGACCCCUCAACGCCGCACUGGUGUCACAGAAGGGCAUCACCCUCAUCGUCAAUGCCACGAUCAACCACGCCUGCCCCGCCUACCCGGGAGUUGAGUGCGUGCGGGUUCCAGUCUCCGACCUGCCCAGCGCCCGCCUUGGAGACCACUUCGACCGAGUGGCGGAGCGUAUCCAUGGCAAUCGUGCUGGGGGCACACUGGUGCACUGUGCUGCCGGUAUGAGCCGCUCACCGGCGUUGGUGAUGGCGUACCUGAUGCGUUACAGAGGGGUGACGCUCCGCCAGGCGCACCGCUGGGUCCAGGAGAGCCGACCCUACGUCAGGCUGAACGCCGGCUUCUGGGACCAGCUGCUGCAGUACGAGAGGAGGCUGUACGGCAAGAACACCGUCAGAGUGGCGGCCGUCGAAGAGGUGCUACCGCUGACACCGAGACUGACGAGGUCGGUGCUGCCACCGUCGCAGACGAGCUGGUUAACGCUGGUACCCAGGUCACCGCUGAUGACACGGGCCUCAGGGAUGUCACGAUCACAGGUGAUGACGCCAGCAAACAAACGAAGACGAGGAACCAAAACCAGCAGCGCCAAAGUCUGAGCAACUGCGGAGCAACACACACAUCUGAACGUUCUCUGUCAUAACCCUGCGCCUACAUUACCCACAAUCCAACUCAGCCACUCAGAGACACCACCCUGACCUCCACAGCCUCAUGCUACGUUCCCUUUACCUCAGGAUGAAGUCGGAAAAACAAGCUCCGGCCAGGUUAACGAUUAGCCAUUGCUAGCAAUACCACCUGAUAACGGCAUCACACUGUAGCCAUAGCAACAUGUCCACAGACAGACGGGGGACAGUACGACUGGUUUAAUGACAAACUAAAGACAGAAGUGCUAAUAAACAGAAUAUUACUACAACUCUCACUUAGUUGACGCACAAAGCUGCCACCUUGGAUCUUGAGGUUGCGGUUGGUGAGAUGGAAUUGAACUUUACCGUAAACCUCAGUGACCGACAUCUAGUCUCUGUUGACCUGCAGGUUGACCUCUCACCUUGCUGUAGGAUAUACAGGUGUGUUCAGAAGUCUGAGGGCAGUGAAGUUUAUUAUUAUAAGCUUCGAUAAACUUUCUGUCUGUCAACCGCCAGUCUGUCCAAAAUGGACGAAGCUAUUGCAGCUUAUUAGCUUAUUACUGCUCUAUGACUGGUUUGCGAUCAGCGACAGUUUGCUAACGGCUAACCUCCACUAUGUACUACGUUCCCAGUUGGUGGGUAUGUUAGCCAUUAGCUUGCCAGCUACAGUAGUUUACCAACUAGUCGUGAUGACUACAUCAAAUUGUGAGAUAAAUGUAUUGAUCACUUUCUGGUGUGAGCGACCUGAAGAGCUUUUCAUUAAUCACAGAAAAAUGUACUUUUGUUUUGUAACUUCAGUUUCUGGGUCCACGAUCUCCCGAUCAUCUCCUGAAACCAGAGUUCAAAUAUUUGGGACCUUGUUGAUUAAAACAUCAGGGACUCAGUUUA